GCAAUUGGAGGUCAGUUGGCUGUUGAUUCAUUUUCAGAGGCAUAAGCCUGGUAAAAACCAUCAAAUAAUUAAACUGCGAUAUCUAAAAAAAAAUCCAACAUGAGCCUGACAAGAGGAUGAACUGAUGUCUCCGAACCGUGCAUCGGGGUGUCAUACUAUGCGUCACCACAGGGGAGCGCACUAGAAGCGCAUGCUUCCCAGUCGGAACCACAAGGGGCGGGUUCAGAGAAACUUUGUGUGGGAAUUCUGUAUUCAAAACCUUGCGAGCAGUCCGUAUCAGCGUGUCUGCUCUACCGACUUCCAGACAGGACACAGGGGGAUCGAUUAUGUGCUUCCCAUUCGCCAGAAAAGUUAUAUUUAGCUUUAUAUCAGAAUAAUAGACUGGCUUCAAGUCCCAUCGAUUAGACAGACGGAGAGGCUCCACACAUUCCUGCAGGUUGCAGACUGCCAGCGGCCGGAGGAGAAAGCCCACCUCAGCACGAGUCUCUCACCUGUGACCAGAGAGAACCAGAUGUCUCUUCAGAGCUAUUCCACUCUGGAUGAGUCGUCCCUGCGCUUUCUGCUGGACCAGACCCUGGACCUGGACGAGCGGCGUCUGAUCCGCUCGGCGCUGCGGGAGCUGAGGAGGAGGGAGAUCCAGGACAUGGAGGCGGAGCUGGCCAGGAAGAGGUCACGACCCCCGCGCCUCCUGCAGCAUGAGGACAAGGAGAACCAGGAGGGGCCAGACGCUGUCGGCUCUCUGGUCAAACUGUCAGGGAGGCUGCAGGGCCUUGAAGACCUGGAGGAGCUCACCAAGCUGCUCCGCGGCGCCAGCGACUACGAGGAGAGGAAGAUUAUCAGAGCGGCGAUUCGCCGCCUCCGUGAUGAAGAGCAACAAGGGUCUGAAAGGGGUAGAGCCGGCGUUCACAUCUUAGAAGCCGGGAACCUGGAGCCCCAGUGCACCCUGGGAGUUGUGGAGACGGAACGCGAGACCCUCAGCGAGCGAGAGCCAAUCAAAUCACAGAUCCGGGAUUCACGCGGGCAGCCGACGCAGCAAGGCAGCGAGCUGCACAAGGCCGCUCCUAAAGCAGGCAUGGUGCUGGUCCUAGACCCCCUGGUCCAGGAGAUGGGCUUGGGACCGACCCAUCUGGAGUCUGCAGCCCCAGAACCAGAGCUGGCCCUGACCGACCUGCAGGGCCACUCCACGUCCCCCCUCCCGGACCCCGGCCCCCCGGAGCGGAGCCCGGCCGAGCCCCCCGCAGCCCGGCCCCGAGCCGACUCCGGGGCCUCGGAUCAGAGCCAGGCCUCAGAGAGGAGCUCCGGGGACCGGCCGCGGACGGACUCGUGCUCCUCCGGAUCCAGCGGGGGGCCCCGGCCCAGCUCCGGCACCGGCAGCUCGGGGGACAGCGGCGGCCUGUUGUCAAGGAAACGCGUGGACUCAGGGCCGCUGUCUGAAGGGAGGGAGGCGGAGGCGGAGGCGGAGGCGGAGGCGGAGCGGCCCAUGAGCAGCUCUCCUUCCAGCGUGGACUCAGAGACCGACGACGGCCGCCCCCAGCCCUGCCCCUCUGACACCCCUGACCAGGAGCAGCCGGACGGGGCCGCUCUGGCCAAGCCAGACCCCAGCUCCAAACACGGCCUUCUGAACGGCAGUGCAGCUGGACAGACUGAAGUCCCCCGGCAGGAGGCAGCGGUGAGCCCCCGGGAUCCACCCCGGGCUCCACAGGGCAGAGCGAAGGAUACUGGAUCAGAUCAGGCCAAACCGUUCUCCCCGGUCUCGUUCAUCCGGACCAGCUCCGUCCGCGACCGGAUGCGUAAGUUCUGUGAGCCCAGGACCAGCGACCCCCCACUGAAGAAGACCUCUCUGGAGAACGGCGGCCCCCUCCGCCAGAGGAACCCCCCCAGGCCCGCCUCGCUGUACGGAGCAUCCCUCGUCGCCCCGGGAGACCGCUCGGCCUCGGCCUCCGAUACCGCCCUCCCCCCCGGGGGUGCGGCCGGAACACUCCAGCCCUCGACCGGCCAAUGGCAGAGCUCGGGGGGCGGGGCCAGGAGCUCCGCCCCCGGGGACUCUCAGGAGGAGAGCGGCCCGCCGGCGGGACUCCAGAACCUCCCGGGAGACGCAGAGGCCGACAUGAAGACCUUCCUGACCAUCGAGAUCAAGGACGGGCGCUCCACCAGCGCCUCCUCCUCCUCCUCCUCCACGCCCGCGUCCAGAGGCUCCACGCUGCCCGUCACCCACAUGGCUCCACGCAUCACCACCGCCGCCGGCCAGAGAGCAGAGCUGACGCUGGGCCUGAGAGCCACGCCCUUCAAGAUGUCUUCCUCCAGCCUGACCUCUGCCUCCUCCUUCAAGAUGGAGACGGAGCCGGGCGUGGCCGCGGAGCCGCUUUUCUCUGGGGGGUCGUCCGUCUGCGGGUCCUUCCGGGCCCCCGCCGUCCCCAACGGCUCCGGCACCACCGGCACCACCGGCACCACCGGCACCACCGGCACCACCGGCACCACCGGCGCUCAGACCAAACCUGCGGAACAGUCCGGAAAACUGACGGAGAGCCAGCUGGCUGCCAUCGAGGAUGAAGAGCUCCUCGACAGGAUGCUUGAUGAGUCUAAGGACUUUGAGGAGAGGAGGCUGAUCCGGGCCGCCAUGCGGGACCUCCGCAAGAGGAAGAGAGAGGUGGUGCUGGGCUGCUCCCAGGAGGAGAUAGGUAGGGCAGACCAGCGGGAGAAAGAGCGUGAGGUGCGCCUGCAGGAGCUGCGGCAGCAGAGGGAGGAGCGCGGGCAGAAGGGGCGUGGCGCCGCCGCCGCCGGCGAGACGUUGCUGAGGAAGGUGGAGACAUCAGCGGACGGCUCCUCCCACAGCCAGCUCACCAAGACGGACCGCUUCGCCCAGUCCGUAGACGACGGCAGCAGAUCCACUCGCAGCAGUGUCAUGGAGGCCAGCUAUGUGCAGAAAACAGACCGAGGAACAGUGCAGUCCAAGUCCUACAGCUUCUCCUCCUCCACCUCCUCCAUGUCCUCCUCCUCCUCCGGCUCGGCCCGGAAGGUGGGCAGCGUGUUCGACCGCGAGGACGCCACGCCCCUCCGCGGGGGCGGGGGCAGCAGGGGGGGGCUGGCGGCGGUGGAGCGGCGGCAGGCGGAGCAGCGGAAGGAGCUGAUGAGGGCCCAGAGCAUGCCCAAGGGCUCCGCCAUGACGGCCCGCAAGGCCAUGAUCGAGAGGCUUGAGAAGGAGGGCGGCGGCCCUGGGAACCAGGCGGUUGCUAAGGUUCAGAGGUCCACCAGCUUCGGCGUUCCCAACGCCAACUCCAUCAAGCAGAUGCUGCUGGACUGGUGCCGGGCUAAGACCCGCUGCUACGAGAACGUGGAGAUCCAGAACUUCUCGUCCAGCUGGAGCAGCGGCAUGGCCUUCUGCGCCCUGGUCCAUCACUUCUUCCCCGAGGCCUUCGACUACGAAGCCCUGAGCCCCUCAAACCGCCGGCACAACUUUGAGGUGGCCUUCAGCAACGCAGAGACCUACGCCGACUGCAUGCCUCUGCUGGAGGUGGAGGACAUGAUGAUGAUGGGGAACAAGCCCGACUCCAAGUGUGUCUUCACCUACGUCCAGUCUCUGGUCAACCACCUGCGCAGACACGAGCUCAGGACCCUCGGCCGCGCCUCCGACCUCUGAACCCUGACCCCCCCGUCCCCCGUCCCCCUUGAGGUCCCCGUCCCCCCAGGGAUCGAGGAUCGUCCAUAAAAAUGAUAGAUAAAAUGAACCGGUGCCCCAAAUGUCCAAAGAGCCUCACGUCCUCCUCGUCCCUCGAGGCUCCAGGGAAGACGUCUGCUCCGGACCUGUGGAGGUGUGAGACCUCAGGGGACGUCUGGGAGACGAGGUGAGGCCACCGCUGCCCCUUGAGCGGAGGAUAGGUCUGUGUCUGUGUGUGUGCCCGUGUGUGUGUGUUUGCGUGCGUUAGUGAAUUGCCUCCAGACGCACAUUGUGGAUACAAAGCCCGUCACUCUGUAUAAAAGAGUGCAAUUUAUAUAUUCUGAAAUGGCUUUUAAACCUUUUAAAAUGUUUAUUUUAUUUUAACUCAGUUGACCUCCUGGUAAAAGUCCACAUUAUGGAAGCGGUUUUACUGCUGCAUCCUGUGAGAAAUUAUGAAAGAUCCAAAAAAUAUAUAUUGCAGUAAUCCCCUUUACAUGAUGAGGGAAUGGCUUUGGCGGCGUUGCAAUUGUAACUAUUGUACAUUAAAACACAGUUGUUGACGCUGUCACUGAAGAUAUUAUAUGCAUAUAUGUUGCUUUGGGUUUUCUAUGUUCACUCUGGUACUUAAAAAAAAUGUUUUGAACCAAAAUCUGCAUGCUCAUUUUUAACUUGAAUUCCUGUUGUUAUUUUUUAACGUCUGGUGUUUGGUGUUGAACUUGCGACCUGCCUUAUCCUGCUGUAGUGUGACCAGUUACGGGGGAUUCUCCAACUGUAACAUGCCUUGUUCAAAUCCUACAACGUUUUUUAAGUUUUUUAUAUCGUGCAGGUACGUUGUUAUGAAUCUAGAGAUUAAUUUACUUCAACGGCACGACGACGCCCCCUGCUGACAACACACGGCCACUGCCGCUGCAUACAAACAAACAUUUAUAUUAUAUUUUAUUAAUGUGUACAUGAUGACUAGACAAAUCAAAAAAAGGUUGACUCUAAAGGGUGUUUUAUUAUUUUUCUGAAUUUAAGCUAGCUUUCUGAUGAACAUGUAAAGAUGAGAAGCACACUCUGCCAUUUCCUUUUUUAAGCUAACAAAACAUGACAUGAAACAAAAUGUUUCCUUCUACUUUUAUUAUUUAGGUUAUCAAAAAAAUUCUUGUUGGCUUUUGAGCUCAAUUUGAUGUAAGGAAUGUCUUUGUUCAAUUUCAGAAGAAUUAGAUAUAAUUUAUUAGCAAUAUUUUAUCACUGCAAACUUGAGACUAAAAAAAUGGACACAAGGAGCGUUCAAAAGACAUUCUGUCCAUCAGAUUAACUGCCAGAUAUCCAUAUUUAAUAUAUCAGUGCACCACAUGUUCAAUGUGAGAAACGAUUAAAACCAACUUCUGAAAGAAAUUAAGAAA